CCGACCCUGAAUGCAGCAUUGGGUUUGGGCUACACCUCAAACGCUUUCAAGAUGCUAAAUGAAAAUACCUUAUUUUGGCAUCUAUGUGAAGAACAACACUUCCUCAAAAACUCUGUAUAGCACUGUAGACUCAUAAUGGAUGAAGAAACUAAUAUGCAAAUCAGGUGCCAUCUUUUGGACUUGCCCUGGGAGGAUGUGCUUGUUCCACAUAUUUUAUGCUUUUUGCCACUGCAACACCUUGUGAGCUUGCAGAGGGUGAGCAAGCAGUUCCACAGCCUCAUCCAGGUGUGUCUGGCAAACUGCAGGACUUUUGAUCCGUCCUCGAUUGGACCAUCAAUUCCCAAGGAAGCGUUUUGCUCCAUGUUAAAGGAGAAUAAAGUCCUCCACAGCCUGUCUCUAUCGAGUUGUUCAGAAUGGGUGACAGACAAGGAGCUGCUGCCAGUGAUCGGCCAGAACCAGCACCUGCAGAGAGUGGACAUGAGCAGCUGUGUUGUUCUCACCCGUCACUCCCUGGUGGCCGUGUCCUUGAGCUGCAUGCAUCUCCAGCACCUCGGCCUGGCGCACUGCGAGUGGGUGGACAGCCUGUCCCUGCGCAGCCUGGCUGACCACUGCGGGGGGCUGCAGUCGAUCGACAUCACCGCCUGCCGCCAGCUCAAGGACGAUGCCAUCUGCUACAUGGCCAAGAAGUGCUUGAAGUUGAGGUCUUUAUCUCUGGCAGUCAACGCCAAUGUCACUGACGAGUCGGUGGAAGAGGUGGCAAAAAACUGCAGGGGCCUGGAGCAGCUGGACCUGACAGGUUGCCUGCGGGUCAGGAACCAGUCCAUCAGGACUCUUGCCGAGUACUGCCCGAAGCUGCAGUCCCUGAAGGUGAAUCACUGUCACAAUGUGACAGAGUCCAGCCUGGACCCUCUACGGAAGCGCAAUGUAGUGAUAGAUGUUGAGCCGCCCUUACAGAGGGCUCUGGUGCUUCUUCAGGAUGUGCUGGGGUUUGCUCCCUUUAUCAAUCUCCAGAUAUAGCCUGAGGGCAAUCUAUCUGUCCAACAAGUGCACACAGCAGAUACUGGUGGUGAGCGUCAGCAUUUGCCUUCCUGUUUCAGGUGUCUUCAUCAAAGCAGCCACUCUCAGCUGCAACACUUGUGCACGUGAGUUGCUCUAAGAAACGUCAAGAUGUUUUACACUCAAGUUUUAAAAUAUUGUGGACAAAAAAUCUCAGUGGAAUGUGAUCAGAGAUGCAUAUUAAGGAUGAAGCUGAAAAUAAGUCUACCUUUUGAAAUGACUGAAGAAAGCCAUGUACUUUUAAGAAUUGAUGUCUCAUGUCCAAAAGAUGUCACUGCACUUUCAUUUAGUGUUGUAAUUAUUAUGUGGCUUUAUAGAGAAGCAGAUCUAGCCAUGGUAAAGUGAAUUGUUUUGUUGUUGUUUUAACCAAAGUUUACUUUUUACCAUUGUAAGAAACAAUUAUUUUCUGUUUCAUUUAGGAGCAUUACAAAUGUUUGAGUUUAAUUAAACAUUUCAUUUUGCAUGUGUGUGCCGGUUUAAAGGAUCAUUCAUCCAAAUCACACAGAAAACAUUUUCUCACUAUUUAUGUGUCCAGGUUUUUAUUACUGUAUCUGCACCACUGAAUCUCCUGCUUUUAGCACAAUACAAGGUAAAUGCAAUGUUAGUGCUGUCUAGUGUCUUCCAGAAACUACGUCCUGACUCUACAGGACGAUCCACACACUUCUGUGUCAACCCUUUUUAACUAUUUCCAAAUUAAAACGGCUGUUGCUCUCAGUAACACCAAAAUGAUCUGCAUGGCUAGAUGCAGAGACUUGUGGGAAAAUGUAUUUAAAAAAUGUUGUGAGGGGGGUGAAGCACCCCUUUAAUCCAUACCGUUAAUCAACCCAUACUUGAAUAAGCCUAGUAUUUUUUAAAAAUACGUAUGGGUAUUUAUUAAGAAUGUUUCCCGUUAAACCCUUGAACUUCAUUUUGUAAAAAGAACCAUAAAUGCUGUUGCCUAACAAGGCACAUGGAUGAUGUAAGAAAUAUUAAACUGCAAAAUAUCAUCA